AUGUCUCGAUCAUACUCAUACUCGUCUUGUUCGCAACGAAACGCCACCGCCUACAUCAACGGCCGGGUCUACACUGUCAGCGACGCUUCACCUUGGGCGGAAGCUUUCCUUGUCGGCUCAGAUGGCAUGUUCGAAGCUGUAGGUACCAAUAUAGAGGUCAUGGCGAUAGCUUUGGAGGAUGGCCUGAUCAUUUACGACCUCCGUGGCAAGUUCAUUAUGCCGGGCAUCCACGACGCUCACGUCUACAUGCUUUUGGCCGGAGUGGGCAUGACGUCCCAGGCACUACUUCCCAUGCAAGGGCUGAACUCGACAAACAUCGCCGGAGAGCUGAAUCACGGGAGUUGUAUGUGUAAAUACGCUCACACCAACCAGGACUGGCUCGUCGGGUGGACGUACCUGAUCGAGAACUUUCACCGUGACGCGCUAGAUAAGGCGUAUCCGCACACUCCGGUGGUGAUACACGGUGCGGCUGGGUACAGCAUGUUCCUCAACACGGAAGCUCUCAGACGUGCCGGCUACAGCGUUGAGUCUGAGCAGGAUGGACAAGACACGCUGCACUUGCGGGACGGCGCAGGACGCCUGACGGGUGAAUUCGCCGAGAUGGCCAUGAGCAAAGCAGUCACGGCAAUCCCGCAACCGAGCGUUGCGCACGUCAAGCGUGUAUUGAAGCAUACGCAGCACAUACUUCAUCGUUGUCAAAGCCUAUUCCUUACCCCGGAUUCUGACAAUCGUGCGGGGGUGACGAGCUGCCAGGAAGCCUCUGCAAAUUCGGCCAUGCUCCAGGCACUCCGGAAAGUCGACGCUGAGGGUGCUCUGAAAGUCAAUAUGCACACUCACAUUGUCUAUGCGCCUGACUGGAUCGCAGAAGAAGGAGCCGAGUCGCUGCAUAGGCUCAUCGAAGACGCGGCAAGUUUCAAGUCCGAGCACGUCGACACGCGGUUCGUGAAGAUCAUUCUCGACGAGGAUUUUCGGCGGUACAAGGACCUCAACAUCACAGCUGAGAUGUCGCCUGCCAUCUUCUUUGUGCAUCCUAUCACCGAGUCGAGUCGAGGUCUCAUGCAUUGGAGUUUCCCCAGAAUGAUCGAACCAAGUGCUCUCAUCACCAUCGGGAGUGACUGGUGCGCUCCCAACCUGCCCGACCUGCUACCCAUCAUGAGCAACAUUGUCGAAAGCGUCGGUGACGGCGACAAGAAUGUGGGUGCGGCCAGAAUCUGCCGCAUACUGACGUUGGCGGGCGCUGAAGCAGUGGGCAGGCAAGACAAGUUUGGCAGCAUCGAACGCGGGAAAAAGGCCAAUUUCAUCGCGCUCGAUAACGAUCUGAGUCGAGGUGAAUUCGAGGGUGCUAGACUCUUGACCACCUGGUUUGAGGGUGAGAUUGUAUACGACGAGCAGAGAGCAUAG